AUGUGGCCGUCGGAGGGAUUAUUGAGCUCUGGUCGGCACAUAUGGAAUAUCACCACCGAAUUCCCUAAUAAAUACGACGAGGUGGAUCCAGACGUAUCUUAUCGUCGAGCGAUUUCCAUUGCGGAGGUAUAUGAACUCUCUUUGCAUGAUAUCAUGGUGUGCUCUUCCAAGUUCUGGGAUAUGCACACAGACCCUAUUCUAUGCAUGGACGGGGCGGCUACAACUCUGUUGACCAUACAGUAUAACCUAUGCACUGGAACUUUGGCUUCGUUCCUCCCGGAGAGGCCCGACCUUGCAUCCACAAUAAGCAGCCUAUUGAAAUAUGAAACGAUCGGUCAAUUUUGUCUCACUGAACUGGGACACGGAUUGGAUGCCUUUAAUCUCGGUACCACCGCCACUCUACUCGCUGACGGUAGCUUCGAGUUGAAUACUCCGUGCAUCAGCAAUUCGAAGUUUAUGCCCCCGACUAUCCCUGCUCUGGGGCGUCCGUGCAUAGCCAUCGUGUUUGCGCGACUUAUGGUCGACGAUGAGUUUCGAGGUUUACGUCCAUUCCUCGUCAAUAUCAACGACGGCAUCAACAUGCACGCUGGAGUAACUGCUAAGCUCCUACCGGCACGCCACGGUUCAUCUCCUGUGAAUCACGCAAUCACUAUGUUCAACCGUGUUCAGCUUCCGGGCACUGCACUCCUCGGGAAGUUAUCCCCAUCAACAUCAGCCCAUGCCGAUUUUCUACAGUCGAUAUGGCGAGUCGGUGUUGGCACCUUGGCGCUGAGCUCAAUAGCUCUACCUGCACUGCGCAUUUCGACCGUGAUUGCCUAUCGCUACAGCUUGAGAAGGACAGUGCGAGAUGCACAUGGAAAACCGCAGCCUAUAAUAUCAUUUCGUACUCAACAAGUCCCCAUUUACGUCGCGCUGGCACAAACAUAUGUCUUGGAUGCUUUGCACAAGCGCGCGGUGAAGCACUUUGCGGACAACACAUCGGACCAUCGGGUUAGGCACGGGGUAGCAACGGUUCUGAAGUCUGUUAUGAUGCAGCAUUCACAAAGUUCACACAUGGUGCUUUCUGAACGUUGCGGUGCUCAAGGCUUGUUUGCAUAUAAUCAAAUUAUCUCUAUGACGAGCGAGAUCCGUGGCAUAGGGAUUGCAGAAGGAGACACGCUCGUGCUUUCUAUACGCCUUGCCACCGAGCUUAUCCUUGGGCGGUACGCUUUACCUGCCCCGCAGCACCCAAAGAGUCUACUCGCCCUUCACGAAGAAGGCAUCUUUGCAGAAUGCCGUGCGGUAGUGACGAGCUAUGGGCAUAGGGGCGAAGAAUUUGCCUCUUUGGUUCUGCAUCGCUGCGAAUCGUGCGUACAAGCGAUGGGCCACCGCAUGGCCUACGAUGCAGCCAUUGCAGAGAAUGUUCCUCAAGUUCUGAUUGAUCUUUACGUGUCUCAGGCUGUGAAGUCGGAUCUUGCUUGGUAUGUCGAAGCAGGACUUAUCUCUAGGUUUGGCCUAUUGGAGAUGGAACGCAUCGCUUUAGAUGCGGUUGGGACUCACGCAUCCAAAUGGGUGGAUGAUAUGGGUAUGGAAGUCUAUAUCCACGCCCCGAUCAUCUGUGACUGUCGCUGGGACAGCUUUCUGCAGUCUCUGCCAUCUUUUCCUGAUACGGCGCCGCUAUCGCCAGUUUGA